ACCAGACAAAUAAAUACCAUUGAAAUUUUUGUUAUUAUUUGUGGCUUUGAUUUGUUUACCAAAUAUUUUCCUCUUAUAAUUAAAUCAGAUAGUGUAAAAACAGUUUUAAUAUUUAUGUUCAAUGUGAAGUAUAGUUUUUAUCAUUUAAAAGGUGUGAACAGCUAGAAUCAUGGAUAGUUUAAUAGAAGAGCUACUGGAAAGAAAAACUCCUGAAUAUCAGGACUUAUUUUACAGGAAGUUUUCAGCCUUACAAGCCACAGAGGGCGAUUUAGACCAUAUACUGAGUAAGACGUGGAAGCUACUGGAAAACCAAGUGAUUUAUAAAGACAUUUUAUAUUUUUCAUUAUUAAGAAACAACAAUUUUGAGUUGCUAAAAUGUUGUAUGAAUUGGGAAAUGUCUAUUAUGGAUAUCACAACAAAAGAUGCCCUUAAAGAUCCUUGUGUGCUUUUUGAUUACACAAUUUAUGACAAAAGGCACUGGUUUUAUCAGUUGUUUAAAUAUAGCAAUAACAUGACAAAAGAAAUAUUACCCACAGUCCUAAUUAAUAAAAUCAAUUAUUUACAACUUAUUAAUAUGACUGUAAACAACUGUGGUCAAGAAUUUAAUGUGGUAAUGAUAAAAGAAAAUAUAUUGGAAUGUAAUAACAGCAUUGAAGUAGAUGAGUUUUGGAAAUAUUAUGUAAAAGAGAUAGAGUAUAUUAUAAAUAUGUAUGAAUUUUUUCAAAAACUAGAUAAUGAGAUUACAAAUGAGGUUUUUAUAAAUCUUGCAAGUAAAAACAGCACUUUAGAUUUAGCUUCCGACAGUCUUAAUUUAAAUGAACAUCAUUUACAAUUAAUUGAAUGGUUUCAAGCUCUGGAUGAUACAAAAGUGCCUCAUACAGAGGAUAUUAAGAGUCAAAGUAAUACCCUUAUAUGUUUUUCUAUAUUAGCACAACUUUACAAACUUCUACUCCCCAACUGUGGACCAGAAAAAACCAUAAAUGUCGGUAGUAUUGUUGAGGAUAUCCAAACAAAACUAUUAAGUAUCAACAACCAUUCACAGCAAUUAGAGCUGCUUGAAUUAAUUUUUGCCUCAUCUUUUCUCAAAUAUAGCCAAUUAAUUUCACCAUGUACUAAAAAGCUGGAAUAUGACAAGUAUAUAUUCAAUGAAAAAGAAAUAAGGAUCAUUUUAUUUACACUAAAAAAUGUUCUCGAACAACUAAAGUUUAAAAAAGUAUAUGAAAAUGAGCCAGAAAGCCUCGAAAAGUUGAAUAACUUGCAUAAACUUACAUUAGAUGCUAUUUGGAGGCUUGAAUUGAUUGUGAAUGUAGUUAGCAGUUUGAAAUGUGAAACAAAUUUAUUAUAUUACAUGUUGGCCCAACCUGAUAGUCUUAUCAAUAUUUGUUUAAAAGCUGGAGAUUUUGGUAGAGCCACACAAGUCUUACAGAUUUUCAACCUCAAGUCCACCAGUUUUGCCAAAGAGAUCUUAUUUACAAAAAAAUUACAAGAUCUUAAAGAAACCCUGAGCACGACUUGCCGAGUACGUAGGAUUCAAAAAGACACUCCUGACCUGACCAUUUCCAGUGCAAAACUGCAAUUUGAUGACAUUGUAGAAGAUUUUUUCCGUAAAAACUUUAUUGAAGAAUGCCGUGAAUCAGACGAAUUGAUUGAGCGGUUUGUGGAAGAGUAUCCAUUUCUGGAGCAUUAUAAGUCAGGAAGUGAAAUUAUGAUGAACAUAUUGGAUUUGGCUAUUUCCCAUACAGAAUCGUUUGAUGAUUCUAGGGCGUUACUACAUCUGGCUUCCAAAUACAAUACUUUAAGCGAGCAGGAGUCAUCAUUUUCAAUAUUCAGCAGAAAAUUGCUUAUUCUGUUUAAUGAGAUCGCUGGAGAAAAAUACUUGACUUUAUCAAAUAUUAUGCUUGACCCACAAAUCGUUUUAGAUCGAGACAUAUAUAAGAAGGAAGAAGAAUUUUACAUAAAACUUGAAAAGCUUUACUCAGAACUUUACGAAAGUCUAAUGCUUGAUGAAGUUGGAUGUUUAAAUAAAGACCACCCAAGCCACAAGUGCCUGAAAAAUCUUGAUAAGCACUGCAUAGAUUAUUUAGAAGACACAUCUCCAAGAAGAUCAGAAGAACAUGUCAAGUAUAUGCAGAAACUAUUUAAUUAUUUAAAAGCUUUCUCCAAAGUACUUUAUAUCGAACGGGAUCUAUCGGAACUGGUUGCUAAUGGAAAAAAUUCUUCAUAUUUCAACAUAGUUAACUUCAACAGAGCGGAGCUCAUAGGUAAAAUGCUAUUUGAACAUAAUCUCGAUCCUUCAGAAUUUGAAAAAUAUUUUGGCAAGCUUAAACUCGACUUUUUAUAUCAUGUUGUUGGCAAUUGCUUCCCUACAGUUAACCUGUACAGCAACGAGAAUGUCGCCAAAGAUGAAUUGUACCCAGAAAACACCUUAUAUCCUCCCAACCAGGCUGUCAUAACUUACAUAAAAAAGAGAAAUUGGCUUCUAGCCUUGAUUCUAAUGGAAAUGUAUGGCGUGGAAAAUGUCGAACUAGACUGCGGAGAGUCCCGAAUAAAAUAUUUCAUUAACUACUUGCGUCUACCAAAGAUUGGCCAUUUGCAAUGCUUGUUUAAGGACAAUCAAAUAGUUACAGCACUGCAGAACGAAAUAAGUUACCAAAAAGUCAAAGAAUACAUAGAAGAAGAGAUGAAAACCUGUGAUUUCAUGUUGUCAUCCACCCAUUCUACUCAUAGUUUGGAAACCGCCGAAGAAAUGAACGAAGAUAAUUUAAAAACUACUAAUUGGAUAAAGCUUUUUAACCUACUGGAAAGCAUUUCGGAGAAGCAGUUUAUAAAAGACCAACAAUUUUACGAAUUGAGGGACAAGGUGUUGGUCCAUUUAAUUAGAGACGCUUUUGAAUGUAAAUUUUAUAAGUAUGUUUUACUCAUUCGAGACACUGAAACCAGAGUAAACUUGUUACGGGAGAAUAUAAAUGUAUGGCCAGAAGACUUUUGUAUUGACAUGAUUAAUGCCGAAAUAACUGCCUUUGAAGGUGGUAAAGAAGAGUCAGAGCUGGAAGAGUUGAGGAUUCAGUUAAAGCACAUUAAACAUAGUAAAAAGGUCAUGUCUGUGCUCAAAAUAUCGUCCAGGGCGGCUUUUUAUGAGAUGUGUAACGUGCAACCAAAUGAAAUAUUACAAAAUUUAUUAAGCAGUAAAAGGGUGGACCUCCUCAUUGAAUUAAUAGAACUCUUCGAAAAUAGAGAUGUCCUUAUCGCUUGUAUCGAUGAAAAUUUCCUCGAAAGAGCCUUCGACAUGGACAUUGAUCUAGACCAUAUUACCCAAAUUUUAAAACUGAUCCCAGAAGAAAAAGUUUCCACAAUAUGUCAUAAGCUUUUAAAAAUGCUCAAAAGCGUGAAACAUCUCCAAUUCAUCGCAGAUUAUUUGACCCAAGACACUCAAGACGAAAGCCUCGGUAACAUAUUGCUAAGUUUAAAAAUGUUAUCGGUGUUUGCACCCAUUGAAUUCGAUCAGCAACUUUUGGUGUUAAUGAAGGAACCUCUGGAUAUUAUAGAGGUUCUUAUUAUGAACACGAAGCUGGAUAAACUGGGGGCAGUCUUGGAUCAGAUCAGAUCAAACAUCCCAGUAACGGAAUUUAAUAGCGAAUCAGUAACUGUAGAAAAAAUCGAUGAGCUAAUAAGGCGCUACGCGGAAAAAAGUUUGGAUUUUCGUGUGAUCGCCCAACCAGAUCCCAGACUUUUAAGAACACCAGAGCAUAAGUUGCUGCAAUCCCUGGAUACUAUUAAUUUGGAUCCAGAAUCAAAAGCAUUUAUAAUGCCGGAAGAAGUACCUUCAAAAGAAGAUUGGAUCGGAAAUACCGAGGUUAUCGAGUGUAUGAUAUGCAUGUGUAGUUUUUCAAUGUUCAACCGUCGACAUCAUUGCAGAAGGUGCGGAAGGGUCAUAUGUUCAAGCUGCUCAAAAAGACGGAUGAUAGUGCCUACCUAUGGUGACAUUUUAGUUCGAGUUUGUAACGAUUGUUUCGGGCAAACCUUUAGUGAUUCUUCAAUAAGCGAAGAUACAACUUCUACAAAAUCCGCGAGUGAUGAUUAUUGGAUGCUGACAGGUGAUGACGAACACAACAGAAUAAUAAGGGAAGAAUUUUCUUAUGAAUUUGCCCCUAGCGUCUCUUUAUGUUUAGCUUUGAUGAAGUACCAUUCGCCUUGUGAUGAUCACUCCAGGUUUUUAAUAGAACAGUGCGACAUUUUGUUGAAAAUGCUUAUACCCAAUCAGGAGCCUAUUCAAGAAAUCGACUAUAUGCUCGUCAUACGGAUGUUAAAGUCUCUAGCUCUGGCGGCAAAAAUGGCAUCCCAAGACACCAGCAUUCAUUUCGGUUCAACUUCCGCAGAUAGAAUUCUUACCCAAGCAGAACUAUUGGGACUUUUAGCAGAAAGGGGUUGCCUACAUCUCCUUCCAACAUCAGUUAAUUCCACUUACAUAGAUGCGAUGUCACUUAUGAAACUUACUGAAAAAUUACUAGAAAGAGAGCAAUGGAAGUUGGCUUUAGAAGUCGCUACUAAAGCCGGAAUUGAUAAAUCAGGAGUUUUUGCUGCAUGGGGACUAAGUUGUUUGAAAGCGGGUAGUCUGGCUCAGGCCAGGGAGAAGUUUAGCAAAUGCCUUGAUAAGAAUUCCCAUCAUGAUUCAUCGUAUUACGAAAUAGAAAGUAGUUCCAUAAAAGUGAUAAAAAACCCUCCGUUGCUCAAUGAAAUUUUGAAAAUUUUGGAGUCCAAAAAGGAGGCCAUCGAUAAAGACGUUAUAACAGACACCCAAAAGUUUUUGGGCUCCACGGCCACCUUAACGCAAAGCAUUAAUUCAGCUUACCCUAUUGACAGUAGCGCCAUGUUUAUACUAAAUAAAUUAAAAAAUUUAAAAAGUAUUGAGAGCGGAUAUUAUGCCAUAAAAAAGAGACCUAACCCAGUCAAAUUUGAAGAAGUUAUCUACAACGAGUGCGUUUACUAUUUAAACAAAUAUGGAACCGGAUUAAGUUUAGUGGAGUUUCAUUUAAAAUACCAACAAUUCGAUAAGGCUCUCGAUUGCAUAUUGAAGAAAAAGUUAUCAGCGGAGGUGUUUGUUGACAUUUACAUAAAAUGUCUGAAAGAGGGACACGUGAAAAUGCUGCAGAAGCAUAUGUCUGAAAUUGAUUCAACCUUAAUCACGUGGAAGGAACAUUUAAGGCAAAUUUGCUGCCAUCUCGAAAAACGAAAUUACCUUAAUUGCCUGUACCAGUUGCAACUCUAUAUGGGAGACUAUAUUAGAGCUGCCAUGACAUGUAUACGAUUUUACGAAGAAAAAGCUCAGGCUUUCACUGAUUUGGUGAAAAACAGCAAUUUUUUGAAACAAUACAUGGAGCAUCUGGCUCAAAGCAAGGAGCAAGAGCAAUGGGUCGCUUUAGAAACAGUGAAAACUAUCGAUGAAGAAAUUCUGCAAGAAACCUUCAUAAGCAGUCCUCUAAUAAAAACAAUGAGCGAAAAAGAUAUUACGAGAUAUACAGACCUCACCAGCUUGCAAAUGGAGGUGGCAAAGUUCUUAGCUGAAAGGGAAACCAAAGAAGUGUUCCCUUUUCAAAUUUACACUGAUGUAAUAUUACAGAGUUCUGGAACUGUACGAAGUAGCACCCAAAAAAUAGGCAUUCCAACACUCUUUGGAUCGAAUAACGAGCGAAAAUAUUUGGCUGUACUUUGUAUUGUUUGUGCUGAAAACAUUACUGAAGGAUUUAACAUGAGCCUAAGAAUUAUUAAAGAGUUUAAACUGAAACCGGGUCAAAUAUACAAAGAAGCAGGAAAAUUAUUAGCCCAAAUCGAUAAUUUUAGCAAAAUAUCUAAUUUGGUCAACUGUAUACAGAGCACUGAAAACCCAAAAGCGGAACGGGACGAAUUGUGUGACGAAAUGCUAAUUUUCAUUGUGGUGACUCUAAAGAAUGCCGGUGCAAAUAAGAACAAUGCGGAAGAGCUUAUAAAAAUGAUUUCAGAUAAAUCUAUUAAGAUUUCUGCAUAUAUCGAAGCAAAUUUGUUGCAACAAGCGUUCUUUGUUGCUUCAAAACAUAAAAGGUUAGUGGAUAUUAAGAGAAUUAUGAGGGAAGCCGAAUUAUCCAACCAGUUGACCGUCAGAGGUCUUUGUGUGAGGGCCAUCAGUUUAUACACUCACACGUCUACCUCUUCAACUUCUAGUAGUAAAUAGAUGUACCAAAAAAACUCGUUCGAUGAUAAUAGAAAGGCUGUGAAAAUUAUAUAGACUUAUAUUAUUGCUUAGUUAUUUAUUAUUCCUGUUUUAAUUUUGGUUUUUUUACAUAACAGGCACUCUGAAUGAAUACGAAUCAAUAACCCUCAAAUGUGAAAUAUAUAUAAAGUUAAAUAGUUAGUUUAUUUUUAUAUUCAACAUAUGUUUUUCAACUCAAUUUUUAUAAUCUAUCGUAUAACCAAAGAAUGUAUAUCCCAAUGAAUAUUUAUCUAUCCCAGUUAUUAUGAUUCAGAUCAUAUGGCUGUAAAUAAAAUAUAUCAUUUUUA